AUGAACGAGCAGAACUACAGGGGCGCAGACAAUCAGAAAAAGAAUUCAGAUGGCUCGUCUGAGGAGACCAACCAGAGGCUUGCAGGCAUCCAGAAUGAGCUUGACGAAAUCGCUCUGGAACUGCAGAUGUCGUCAGUGAACAAGCAGAACUUCGAUCGAGAGGCGCAUAUGAUCAGCCAGUACGAAAAGUUCCAGGAGCUUUUCAAUGCCAAGGCAGAUGUCAAACAGAAGAAGGUGGAGAAGUUCCUCAGCCAUUAUGAGAACACAGACGGAGACAUGAACUUGGACGCCCUCUACAAUGCAGUCAUUGGGGAGAACACCUCAGGAGACCCCAUGCUGGAAACCGUCGUCACCACAGAGCAGAGAAGCAGAAGGGCGGUUGAGGAUUUCUGCGCCCGGUUGAAGAAGCUCUUUGUGGUGGGCAUUAUCGCCGUGAUGGGCCACUCCGCCCUCAAAGAAGGGGUGGUUGGGGAGGAGAUGGUGAAGAGGUGGAAGGAUCGCAUGGAGGAUGUGGAGAAGCGAAUGAAAGCAGCUGUGGAUGAAUGUACAGGGAAAUUCCCAGAUCAAGCCAAGGUGGACGUGGAGCACAUCCUUCAGGAGAACACCGGCUCGGUCAACCAAGAGUUCACCCAAACUCUUCUGGGUUCACUUGUUAAGAAAUACGACUGGGUGAACUGGUCCGUCAGGGCCUUCAACAACCGGGAGAGGAUCUUCUUUUUCAACUGGCUGGCAGGAAAGAAGUGCCAUGGAAGUGGGGGAACCAACUGGUUUGAGUUUUCAACCAGGAGCAAAAUCACAAUAGUGGUAACUUACUGUAUUGACCCCAAACCCAUCAACAAGAGUCAGAUCCAGGAGAAGAUCGAGGCCAGGAAGCUGAGGGGCAACAUGAAGUCACUAGCUCUUUCCUUGACCAACACUUUCCCCAACAGCCUGGUCCAUGCUGUCAGCCGUUACAAGGAGGUGGUCGAGUCCCACAACUUCCCUGCGGAUUGUUACUACCAAGAAAAACACAAAAAGGCUUUGCUGUGCAUCCACCCUGAAUAGACUCCCGGAGCCUCAAAAAAAACAUAUUCACACACUUU